CCCUCAUCUAAAAGCUUGAUACAUAACUGGAGGGUGGACUCGCUGAUCUCGGUGACAUUGAGCACUCGUGCUAGUUCGAUCACUAAUCCAUUGGAGGAUACAGUACUCAUUGAUGGUGGUAGAUGUUAGUCGUAAUUAGUGUUGUUUAGUAGCAGCUGUAAAAUUUACGCGUAAAAAAUUUGGCUGCCAUGCAUCAAACACAAAUCACCAACCAUAAAUCACUAACCCAUGGUGAUAACCAGUAUGAGAUAUGGUGUGCGGGUGUUAGGAGCAGUUCGAGUGCGACAGUACAGUAGUGUUCAUGCACCUUUACGGAUUGCAUACUUUGGUAGUGAUGAUUUCAGUGUGUCUGCCUUAGAUGGGUUAGUUAAGUAUCAGCAACAUCAUCCAUCUAAGAUAGAAUCUAUUCAUGUAGUCACUAAGAAAUUAUUACCAACCGGUAGAAAACUCCGUACCAUUACUGAGCUUCCUAUUGGAGAAUAUAGUGCGCAAAAUAAUCUUCCUAUGAUUAGAGUCAGUAAUGGUGAAGAUAUUAAAGAAUUAAGUCAAUUACAAUUCUCAUUAGCUAUUGCUGUAUCAUUUGGUGUCCUAAUACCGGGGCAAUUCUUAAGUAGUUGUCAAUAUGGAGGAAUCAAUAUUCAUCCAUCAUUAUUGCCUCGGUAUCAGGGGGCUUCACCUAUUCAGUAUGCACUCAUGAAUGAUGAUCAUGUUACAGGAGUUACUGUACAGACAUUACAUCCUACACAUUUCGAUAGAGGAGAUAUUGUUAUCCAGUCUGAUGAAGUGGCUAUCGAAGAUCAUGAUAAUUAUAGUUCGUUAGCGACUAAAUUAGGAGCAUUUGGUGGUCAGUUAUUGGUAGAUGUUAUAGAUCAGGGAUUAUUUAGACCUGAUCAUGAUAGAGUGAAAUCAAAGUAUGAAGUAUCCAAAGCUCCUAAACUACAUAAGAGUGCUAGUCAAAUUAGUUGGCAGAAGCAUAGUGCACGACAAGUUGUUCAACUUGGCAAAGCUCUAGGACCAUUAUAUACGUAUCAGUAUGUAGAUAUUCAUACUAAACGGAAGAAAGUACAGGAGUUUCAGAGAGUUAUACUUUCAGAUAUUAAAGAGGUAGAGGGAGAAUAUGAAGAGCUUAAGCAAGUAGGGCAAUUCCAAUUGGAAAAUGAGCGACUUAUAGUUAAAACGCAUACGGGGUAUGUGUCAGUAGGGAGAGUUAAGUUUCAGGCGUGUAAGGAAGAAGCGCCAGAAGAGUUUAUGGGUCAAGUAAAGAAACGUACAGGACAUGAACUGUAUGUGUUUGGAGACGGUUGAUGUAUAGCUUAUAAAUUCAAAGGUUGCAUAGUGUACAUAGUAAUAAAUUUAAAAUAUAAUACUCAACAGGGUCUUACUGUAUAGUCAAUAAUCAUAUACUUUUCUACUAUAUCACACUGUAUUAAUACGAUAUAUGUCAUUCAUAUACUACAACAUACUUU